GAUGACUCUCAUAUGCAGCAGAGUGCCAGUACUAGUGCCGCUCUACCUUUUGGUAAACUGGUGAGCACCAGCGGCCUAGUAUAUCCUGUUCUUUCACAUACCAGCACUUCAGUAUCACUUGGUGACGUGGCAAGUCCCACAAGUACAGUACAAGCUACUGCGGUGGCGAGCACAAGUAUUGUCCUGCAACCAUCAAGAAUUCGAACACAGGCCCAUAGAGCCCCUAUGUCCUUCCGGAUGUGCUUGCAAACCCUUAUUAGCAGCCCACAAAUUCUCCAGCAACCGUACUUCCCUCAUUCACUGCCCAAACCAGAAUUUAGGUGGAAACAGCAAUUUUAACUACUCCCCUUGAUGUUUUGGAGCUGUUU